AUGCUUGUCGCCACGCUCCUCUCCGCCUUCGCUCUCGCGGGAUCGACUCUCGCCGACGAAAAGGCGAUCGCCGGCGCCAUUAGCAGUGCUCGGACUCAGGCGGACGCGCUCAGCAAUAUCAUCCUUUCCUGGCGCGGCAACCCGCUCGGCGUGCUGCCAAUCUCGGUCCAGGCAGCCCUGUUGUAUAGGGAACUACUUGAGGGCACGCGAGUUGCCUACGCCUCGGAGCCCCUGACGAUGAACGAGUCAGCUCAGAUUGGUAAAGCCACGCAGGAUCUCGCGGCUCGGGUCAAUGUCACGCUCGAGACCCUUGUCGCGGCCAAACCCAAGUUCGAUCACCUACUCCUUAGACCCGUGAUUCACCUCGAUCUCGAGCUGCACAAGGACGCCGCCAACACGUUCGGCGCCAGCGUCGCCGCCAAAAUACCCGGCGAUUUACAGGCCGUAGCCAAGGGUUUCAUCCAGGGCAUAGACUAUAAGUUUGACGAGGCCAUCGACGCUUAUCGCCUGCUCAACAUUUAA